UAUAUAUACAGCUGCGGCAUUACGAACAACGCAUGGGAAGGCAUUGCUGUGAAGCUCUUCAGAACGCUUCUACAGAAGUCAACAAUGAAGCUUCUUCUGCUUGCUGUGCUUUGCCUUGUCAUAUCGGCAGCUGCUAUUCCAACACUUGAUCUAACGAUUGAAAAAGAAGUGGAGGAUGCUAUCAGAGCUGAGGAUCCUGACACGGAUAGCGAAAGCGACCCAAAUCUCCGGAAGGGUGAGAUAUACCAAGAGAUUGGCCGUAAAUUAAAGGAUGAAGCAAAUGCUCCUCACGCAAGGGGAAAAAAGGUUUCAGGUUUCAAGCGCUUCUGGCGGGCUGUCAAGAGAGCCUUCAAAGAGGCCUGCAAAGCGUUCGUCAAAACAGGAAAAGAGGCUUUCAUCAAAGAAAUAGAAGUUGAAUUUGAAGAGGAAAUAGGGAAGGUGAAGAAGGCUUUCGAAAUGUAUUCCCUUGACGAGAAAACAACUUACCAACAAUUGAUGCUGGACUUUGCCGAUACGAUGGAGCUAAUCGGAGCCAAGUAUAUUGCCAAGGGAAGGAAGCAGGUGGCUUGAAAGGAAGUCACAGAUCUUCAGUGGUGCUUAAAAUGGCUAACACUUGUAAAUAAAAUAUCCAAACACCA